GUGAAUUAUCGCUACCAUCCCUCCAUCUCCGUCUCUCUUCAUCGGCUUGAAUACACUGUCCAUUUUCUCUGUCAGCGGCUUCUAACAGUGUCCUAACCUCACAGAGCUGAUCUAAUCGUAUCGGUGUUACGCUGAUAAUCAUCCAGGUAUAGUGCAGUCCUCUCUAUGUUUAAAGAAGUUUUGGAGUUCUACGCACUUAUCUAUGGAUAUAGUUGCACACAUCUAAAUGUAACGGUCCUAGAUCACCCAGAUGCAAUACAGAACAUCUAUGGUCCUCAAUACAUGCUUCAAGAGUUUGUAGACAUGAGAUUUACUCAGAUGGAUAUGGUUGAUAAGGAGCAUAAUAAAGUCCAUGGUGAUGAUGAUGAUGUUGGUGGUAAUGAUGGUGAUGAUGAUGGUGAUGCUCCAGUUGAUGCUGAUGGUUACAGUGAUGGUGAUGUUGAUGAUGAUUAUGAUAAACAAUCUUCCUUAAGCAACAAUUUUAGCUUUUAGAUUUACUUUGUCCCAUCUUAAUGUUUUUAGAGUUGCUAAAUUAACUAUAUCUAUUUCCUUUUUUCAUAAGUUGUGGAGUUCAAAUGACUUUGAUAAAAUUAUUGUUGUAAUUACUUUUUAGUAAUAAAUU